GCCAUCUAGAUGUAAAGGAACCUUUGGACUUGCCUUCAGUCACUUGAACUGUACGUCUUCGGACACUGAGCACAUAUUAUUUUCUUUCUCACAAAGGUUCAUACUUGAAACUCUGAAGACUUCAAACUCAACACUAAAUACAAUUCCCUCAGUAAAACUGCUUUUCUGUUUUAUUACAGUUUUAAUCAUCUUAACUGAGCAAUGUACUUUAGUUUCGAAGAAGAGAAGACCGUCGACAAGAUCUAUGGAAAUGACGAAGAUAUUGAGUCGUUAAUAUACGAUGAAGAAGACACCAGGUGUGACACGGGUUUCUGUCAAUCUCCAGUCAACUUGAUAUCUAGAGACGCUGUGUACAGACCUUUAGAUAUUCACAAACCCUUUGAUUUUCGAUACACGGAAUGCCGGGAAUGUGUUCUUCAGAACACAGGGAGUGCUGCACGUGUUAUCUUUCAACAUCCUACUGGUAGCUCGAAUGACAGCCAAUCUAGUUACAAGUCAUAUAUCAUUGGUGGUCCUCUCUUAAACGAUACAAGAUAUAAACUGUCUGAAAUGUAUUUCCACUGGGGGAAGGACGAUACUGUGGGAUCUGAACAUACUGUCAAUAACACCGCAUUUCCAAUGGAGAUUCAACUGAUCCACUGGAAUAGUACAUACUACCACUGUGCUGAUGAAGCAGCCAAGGGCGAGAAUGGAUUAGUUAUUGUAACCAUCUUUGUUCAGGUUGGAAGAAUGCACGAAGAACUAGAAACAUUAAUUGAUAAUUUUUGGGCAAUACAGUAUAAGGGCCAAAGCAAAGUUAUUGGUACAACAUUCAACCCUUCUUGCCUUUUACCACAUCCUUCACUACGAGAUUACUGGACAUAUUCUGGUUCUUUGACGUGGCCGCCAUUUUCAGAAAAUGUCGAAUGGAUAUUACUUAGAUAUCCGCUUACAGUCUCACACCAGCAGCUUUACGAAUUUCGGCGGUUAAAGAAACAUGUUAAGCACGAUCUGACAGUGGAAACAAGACACGAAGAUUUUCUGAACAACAACUUCCGUCCUCUUCAGCCAUUAAAUGGUCGGACAAUCUGGGCAUCUUUUGAAUCUUGAAUUUCAUAUUGAACAUGGCAAAAAUAUGUCAAAUAAAACUUUCAAAAAGGAAAGUAAUAACAUGCAAAACGAAAACUAAAAUCAUAAAUCGUGAAACGUUUUAAAAUAUUGAU